CAUGGUUAGGGGCAUGAUAGUAAAUUAUCAAUUGUGGCUAUAAAGAGAAAACUAAAGCAAGUCUGAAUUUGUGAAGCAAAAGUUAUAUUUGAAAUACGAAACUCUGAAAUUGUGAAGCAAAAGGUGUGAAUUAGUUUAAUAUUAUCAAUAGUUAUGGAUAAAGUAAACACAUCAUCAACUAGCUGGUUAUCUGAUUUGAUGUUGGAUGAAAUGGAGAUGGAGGGUUGUGAUUUGUUCCAACAAAAUUUGUUUGAUGAUGAAGAUUUAUUCUCAGAUGACAUAGCAAGUGUUCUUCAACAACAACAACAACAACAACCUUUGUCUCCUGUUUCUUCUCACUCUUCAACUACUUCUCAGAUUUUGUCUUUUCAGAACACAACAACUACUCGUUUUCAUGCUUUUGAUUGUGCCUCAAACACAAAGCAAAACGAGGUUGUUACAGAACUUGCUCAAAAUGAAAACGUUGUUAAGAGGUUUUUGGGUCAUAAUAAUAACAAUAAUAAAGAUCAUAUAAUAGCAGAGAGAAAGAGAAGAGAGAAACUAAACAAAGGCUUAAUAGCUUUAGCUUCUCUUAUUCCUGGAUUAAAGAAGAUGGACAAGGCAUCAGUGCUAGGAGAUGCUAUCAAGUAUCUGAAACAACUCCAAGAACGUUUGAAGGUGUUAGAAGAUCAACAUAACAAGAAUAGUCCUGUUGUUGAGUCUGUAGUGACGGACAACAAACCGGGGGUAAUUCAUGAAUCAUGGGGUGAUGAUGGGUCUUCUGAAUCAGUCUCCCAUGUGGAUGCCAGAGUUUUGGACAAGGACGUUCUCAUAAGGAUUCUCUGCCAAAAGCAAAAGGGUAUUUUGGUCAAAUUAUUGGACGAGAUUCAAAAGCUUCAUCUCUUUGUUGUUACCAGCAAUGUUCUACCUUUUGGGGAUUCUCUCAACAUAACCAUUGUUGCCAAGAUGGAAACGGCGUACAACUUGACCAUAAAUGAUCUUGUAAAAAACCUACGAGUUGCUGCAUUGAAAACCAUGUCGUUUAUCGUAAUGUGAACGAAGGUGUGGUCCCAGUGGUGGGUGCAAAAUGCAACAAUGAUUAAUCGUAAUCAUGCACGUGCCUAAACACUUUUGCUUCAAUUUCGGAGAUUGGUAUUUCAAAUUGUGAAGCAAAUGAGUAGUAAUUUGAUUCAAAUGGUAAUGGCAAAUUUGAAUCAGUAAAUGAUAUUUUCUGCUCCUAUUGUCUGGGAUGUGGCCCCCAUCUAUUGUCUUAACAAGAAUACAACUCCUCCUAGGUGUAAUCGGAUCGGUACGAAUUAGUUUUUUGUUAAAAAAAGUUUGAACCGAUGAUAUUUCUAUCGGUUUGAUUUGAUUCGGUUUUUAAUAUUUUAAAAAAAUAGAAUCAUAUCAAAUUAAUCGGUUUAUUUUGGUUUGGUAUGGUUUGGUUGAUCGGUUUACAAUGAUUUUUUCUAAAUAUUGUACUCAUCGAUAUGUUAUCGACUAUUGUAUUUUUUAAUGUAUUUUAUGUUAUUAUUUUUAAAACAGACUUAAAUGCAGUUUAGUCCCCAUAAUAUGAUUUUUCUAAUUUUUUAAUACCCCUUUAAAAUAAAUCUAAGAGUAACUUAAAGACUUCUUGAUAUGGAUAAUCACCAAGAGAUGACUUCAGUCGCGCUAGGAGUCAGCAACAAGUACUGGAGACGGUGAGAAGAAGAAACUCUUUUUUCUCUCCAUUAUCUCACGCUAUUCUCUUAUGUAUUUUUCUCUUGGAAUUUCUGAACUCCUACUAUUUCUCAACAAGGUCCUAUAUAAAGACUUGAGUUAGGGUUUUUUGUGAUGCAUUAGAUCAUGCGCUUAAUAUGAGAAUAUCACAUCAAGCUCAUGUAAUAAUCAACGUCAUCAUUCUACUUCUUCUGCUUAGCCAACAAGGAAUCAAGUACGAGGGGACAUUGGUGGGGAACAAGGUGUCUUGUGGCAGACUGCCACAACAGGGUGCAAGUGGCGCUACACAGACUGUGCAGUGUACUAUUGUACUAUAUUUUUGUCUUCUAGUGUUUCCAAGCCUUAUCAUUUUUAUUCAAAUAAAAUAUAUAUCUUCUAAACACAACAAAGAUUCCCUCCAUUGCUUUCAUCCUUACACAUUUGCCCUAGAAACUCGGGCUGGACAAGAAAUUGCCAACCGACCGAAACCGAUGCCAUCCGCAUGUUUUUUGAGUGAAUGGAUCGAGUCGGUUCGGAUACACGGGUCGUCGGGUGAAUUCAAUUGGGUUUAAGUGGAUUAUUUCGGUCGGUUCGGAUAGAAUUUUAUGGCCCAUCGGUAACCGAAACCGACCGAAUCCAGUAAACUAUUAGGGCCUUCCUCCAAUUCCAGCAAGCCCAAUCCAAUAUUGAACUAAAUCCUCACCCAUUUCAGACCAAACUUAAGACUACUUAUUCAACUGAUUUCCUAACCCUAAUCUCUCAUUCAUACGUGUUCGUUUCUCUCCCCUUUGGUGGCGCCGUUUGAAGGGCAACAUCAAUAUCCCUCUCCAAUG